AUGGCGACAGGCAGACUGGAUGCGUCUUCACAAGCUCAACAGCUGAUCGCUCGUCUGAGCGCACCGAUCGAAGACCUUCCAACACUACUUUCCCUUCUAGCCGCGCCUCUCGACAGCCUCUCCCUUCUCCCUCCACGCUACCGACGCCACAACACCUCGCCUUUAUCGGAAAACGCCGUCCAGCCCACGAGGCAUAUCUGCCUGAUCCAGCGAGCUCUGAUAGAGCAUGUGGUGCCAAAUUGGCAGCCUGCGCUUGAAGAAGCCGAUGCGAUGCCGCUGGUCGAUCAAUACUUCGUUCCAGAUUUAUUCAUGAACGCCACCCCGUCCGCCGGACUGAUCUCGUUAUACGCAUACUCGACUGUCUUGUCUCUGCCCCUGCGGGACUACUCUCUUUCGGUCCUUGUACGACUAUCAAAGUCAUACCCCAUUGACCGUCUGCACGCUUCCGUCUUCAGCGUGACGAGCUUGCAUGCAGGUCAAACCACACAGAUCUGGGAGGAUACGGUCAAGAGCGUGCUUUCGGUCCCCACACGCGUUGCAAACGCUCUGCAAGGGAAAGAUGUACCGCCAGAACUUGACCUAGGACAGUACUUCCGCAACCUCAGCGUGCGGUGCGAAGCUUUACUGGCUUCAUAUGACCGUGAUCAAGACCUGACCUCCGUGACAUAUCUCUUCACGAAGCUAGUCAACACGGGUGCAUUCCCGUCUUCCAGCAACAUUGCACCGUCGCAACCAUCCUUCUUUGAGCACGCACUGCCUACAAUCCGAUCGCGGGCACGUUCGUCAUCGACACACACUGCUAUAUGGGUCGAUCUUCUAAGUGCUAUACCGUCUACGAUGACACUACAAAGCAUCCUGGCAUCUUUAUUUGCCUACCUUCGGACGCCCGCUCUUCCUUUGGAUACGGGCCCUCGAACGAGAGGUGCCGUCAAGAGUGAAGCAGAGCUGUUGAGGGGCCUGCUUGGCGAAGUGAGAAAGGGAUCGUCGGUCUGGAAUGCGGCAUGCGCGGUCAUUCUGAACCGUGACUGGGAUGAGGGCCAUGCGAGGAUCUUCGUCUGUUGGGCUGCCGGGAAUACGAAAAGCGAGCAAAGUCUCGUUCUUCUGCUUGAUGCUGCACUCGACGUCUGGACGUCUCCCGAACACAUCAAGCAUUCGCUCUUAUCGAAGCACCGAUAUACCACGCUCCUCGUCCUCCUCGCGCACGCAAACCUCCCGCCAAACUCAUCAAAACUUCAAGACCUCGCAUUCUCACCACCCUUCAUCCAGUCUAUCACACACUACAUCUCGCACCUCGAUCAGAAUGUACGCCGGUGCGGCAUGCUGGUCGCAGAAGAGGCCGCCAAGCGAGCCGGAAAGACGCUCGACUUCAAAGAGUGGGGUGUUCCCGGAGCUCAAUGGGCAAGGGAAGCUCGGAUACUGCUCGCUGAGCGCGACGUCGACACGUCAGUCAUCGACGGGGACUCUGACGAUGAAGAGGGCAACGCGCCGCAACUCGACGUCAACGACCUUCUAACAGACGACAUCAUCGAACCACCAUCCUCACCUCCCAAACCUUCAGUAGCCCUCGCCUCAGGCUACGACUCCGACGACUCCCUAACCGGAUACGCAUCUCCACACGACUCCGACCGCUCAGCAUCACCCACGCCUUCCGAGCUCGCAGAGAUCGAGAAAGACCCCACGUUGAACGUCGGAAAGAAAAAGGUCGCGAGGCCGGUCUAUCUCGCUCAGCUUGGGAUGAUGCUGCGGCAGACUGGGGGCGUUACGACCGGUGGAGAGGAUGAUGAAGUUGAUAAGGUUGAGAUUGGGUUGGACGUUGCGGAGGAGCUUAUUAGGAGGAAGCGGUCGUAUGGCACCGAGCUCGAGGAGAACGCGGUGAACCUCGUCUACGCUCUCACAACCCUAACCAACAAAUUCGAGCUCCCCGGCUUCGACCGCAAACGACAACUAGCCCUCAUAGCGCUCGUAGCAUGCAGCCCAACAAAAGCCGCACCCACAAUCAUCCAAGAGCUCUUCUCGCACCAAUACAGCAUGGACCAGCGUUUCGCAAUGCUCAACGCGCUCGCACUCGGCGCGAGAGAGCUGGCUGGACGCGCGGUCACCGAUGGGCCUCUGGGCUCGACUGUGGCUGGGAGUAAGAGGGUGGAGUUCCCUAGUCGGAAGUUACCGGGCGCAUUACAUGCGCGGAUGUUGGAGGCGGAUAGCAGUGCGACGGCUCGUGUACAGGGUCUACUCGAAGGCGCAGCCCGCGCCGCAAUAGACGGCACACGCGAAGCAGCAGAAGACCGUAUACCGGGUGCCGCGCGCGAACGACAACUCCGUCUACGUCCUCAAGCCCGUGUAUCUGAAGUACGCCGCGCCUCCGAUGGGCUCCCGGGUCAAACGAUACAGCCUGCGGAUACGCCGACGUUCACGUCCGUGGCGAUCGAGUAUUUCAUAUACCCGCUAAUGAACCGGUUCUGGCUGCAUGUGCGGGACUCGCAGACGCGCGAAGCGAUGAGCGCCGCGCGCGAUCCGUUGCACAAGUACCGCGGUGCUGGGACGGGACUCAUUCUUUCGCCCAUGGUGCUCGCGCAUGUACUCGCGACCCUCGGAGUUCUGUUGCAUUGUGCACGCGCGGCGCCGGGGUGGCUCGCACUCGCCGCGCCCGAUGCGCUGGAACUUGCUGUCACGCUCGGGACGCAACCUGUAUCGAGAGAUGAUGACGACGACGAGACGGGCGAUGAGAAGGGUAAAGAGGCGAAUGUACUUGCUGCCGCUCUGGAGCUUGCACUAGUCAUACUCGAUGGUAGCGCGGAGCUUGAUGGCGGGCGCACAUUAGCGCUUGAACGUACGCCGCUGUUGUUGGCGACGGGGGAGCUUGCGCAGACUGUGUUCGGUGGGCUUGAGAAGGGCUUGAGGGUUAAGGGUGGUGGAGGGAAUGCGGAGCAGAGGUUGAGUAGGGCUGCUGCGGGGGUGGUGCUCAAGGUCGAUGAGAUACAGGAGAAGUGGAAGCGGUCCAUGGUUGGUCUUUGA